GGAAUAAUAUAUUUAGUAAUCCUCAUCGCUGCGUCUCGAGUCCGCAACGAGCAGCAGCUCCUGGACGAUGAACAUAGCCACCAACACAACCUUCAUAAACUUCCCCUUCCAACUCUCACCACUCGCAUCUCGCGCGUGCCACCAACGCGCCACUCUCUCCCUCUCUUUCCCUCCUCUUCCUCUCUCCAAACCCGCCAUGUCCUCCGCCGCUCCGGUCACCGAACUCAGCGACGAGUCCGACUUCGAAUCUCUCCUCUCUCCCGACGGCCACAUCUCCAUCUGCGGCUUCGGCUCUCUCCUCUCCGAGAGAAGCGCCCGAAGCACUUUCCCCGACUUGGCCAACUUCCGGACCGCACGGUUGAACCGGUUCCGCCGCGUCUUCGCGCACGUCGCUCCGGUUUUCUUCGAGCGCGGCAUUGCCAAGCCAGAAACCAUGGAGAUUUCCAGCUUGAGUGUGGAGCCAUGUGAAGGAGAAACUCUUGUGGUGACAGUCUUUGAGAUUAGAAAAUCGGAGAUUCCAGAUUUUAUCAAGAGGGAGGUUGAGUUUCGGUUUCUUGCUGUUCUUCCUGAAACACUUGAUGGCAAGGCUUUUGAUUUUCCAGCGGUCCUUUGUGCUCGUUAUAGUGAUGAGGAAUUUUUCGACAAUAGAUGUAAAGGAAACAAGGAAAUCUAUUUUCAGCAAUAUGGGCGAUGGAAUAUAGAUAAAAUUUGGAGAGAUGAUGUGUUACCUUGUCGGGUUUAUCUUCGACACUGUGUACUAGCAGCAAAGAAUCUUGGUGAAACAGCCUACAACAACUUUGUGGAUCACACUUAUCUUGCUGACCGUAAAACAACCAUUCGCGAUUACUUGGCAACAACGGGCUCUGGCAUCAUGGAAGAGCAGCCUCCUGAAUCCCUCAAGCACCGCUAUGGCGGUUGAUUUCCAACAGACGAUUUUUACUGCUAUGAAUAUGUCUAUGACUAUGUAAAGUGAUGGCAGAUGGGCUAAACGGCUUGAUUCUUCAAUAUAUAAACAGUACAUUAUUUAAUAACACAUUCAUAUUUAUUGUUCUGAUGUGUAAGUUGUUAAUAUCAAGCCUAAAAACAGCAUCAACACAACUGACCUGAGCAUGGGUGUAAACGAAUUAUAUAUUGCAUGGGUACCGUUACAUGCCUUGCUUAAGCA